AUGAUGCUGCGGCGCGUGGCGUCGGCGCCCGAGCCCGACUGGCUGGAGGCGCUCCUGGCCACGCGCUUCUUCCUCGCCUGCGCCGCGCACCCGGCGUCCCCGCGCAACGAGUGCAACAUGUUCUGCCUCGACUGCAGGGGCGCGCCGCCGCCGGCCUUCUGCUACUACUGCCGCGGGCACCGACACUCGUCCCACCGCGUCAUCCAGAUACGGCGGUCCUCCUACCACGACGUCGUCCGCGUGUCCGAGGUGGAGGACGUGCUGGACAUCUCCGGCGUGCAGACCUACGUCAUCAACAGCGCCCGGGUGCUCUUCCUCAACGAGCGGCCCCAGCCGCGCGGCGCCGGCGCCGCCGCGGGCAAGGCCGCCGCCUCCCCCUACAACUGCGAGAUCUGCGGCCGCGCGCUGCUCGACCCCUUCCGCUUCUGCUCCCUCGGAUGCAAGGUCUUGCUUUGCUUCUUCUCCUUCUUCGUCUUUCUUUCUUUCUUGCGGUUGCCGAUUGUUUGUUUGCUCCGCCCACCAACCCACCCGCCCUCCCGCAUUAUUCAUCCAUUCAUUGAAUUCCCCGAUAUAAUGCCCCGCAAGAACACCAAAAGAUUGCGCCUUUCUUGA